AUGGCUACCACCUUAGCAGAGAUUGUAUCCAAAAUUGCUAGUCAGGGUAAGAACCCUGAUGUAUCUUUCUUAAAAGAUAAUCCUGAAGCUCAAACUAUGCUUUUGAUGGCUCUUUUAUCAAACGCAAAUAACAAAAAUGGGGCUGCACCCAUUGAUACCACCGAUAAGCGUAAAUACGACUCUGUUAGUAGUGCUAGUAGCUCCCCCAGUCCCCCUAGAGAUGAAACGGAGGGACCCAGAAGAGUGGGAAGAAAACCAGUUACAAGUGAUGAAGAAGACUCAGAUAACCCUAAAUCAAAGAGAAAGGCACAAAACAGAGCUGCCCAAAGAGCUUUCAGAGAACGCAAAGAGAACCAUGUGCGUAUUUUAGAAGACCGAGUCAAAGAACUGGAAAAUUUGAACAUGGAAAAGGAUUCAGCGCUUGCUGUAGAAAAUGAGCAACUGAAAGAUAUGAUUGCCAGGUUACAAAAUGAGAAUGCAGCAUUACUUGGUUCAUCUACUUCUUUUGAGAACCCGUUAUCGACCAAUUCAGCCGCCAGUGACACCAAGCGACCUUCGAAACUGAUCCGAUCUUCCAAUGAACCGGCCUAUUUCAGUAGUUCUGCUUCUUCCAAUUCAACACCAGAGACACAACACCAACCAAUUAGUAUUGAUGAUAUAUUGGGCUUGGAUACUUCUGUCUUACCAUCGCAUGCUUUACUUGAUCACUCUGAGUUGUUGGGCUUUAAUAAUGAUUACACGGGCCAACUGAAUGAUAUGUUGAACCAACAUCGUUUAACAUUUGCAACUGAUCCCUCCGAGUUUGACUUUUUCUAUCCCUUGGCUAAUGAUAUCCUUGAUACUGAAUCAAUACAAUUACCGAAAGAUGAAGAAGGUACAAAAUACAUUAAUAAUAUCUCCAAGACUUGGGACAAGGUUUCCGAGCAUCCAAGAUUUGAUGAGGUCGAUAUGGAUUUAUUGUGUGACGAGAUGAAGAAAAAGGCUGUGUGUACAGAUGAAGACCAUGACAAGGAACUCCAAAAGGUUUUGAACAAACACUACCCAAUCGAAUAA